CUGGUUGGCUAUAGAGAGAAAUUUUGCACACAUGUCGCAAAAGCAAAAGUGUUUUUAUCCUCUCGCACACAAAGUCACGUAGUCCCCAGGAUUAUUAUUUUGUGGUCUUUAUAAAUAACAUUAAAUAAAUAUUUCGUGCAAAUCAAACGGAAUGUGAUAUUUAGUCAAUUGAACGGGGGAACUAAAAAUUUGAUGGAAAUGACAACGUCCGUGAAACACUUGGUGACCGUGUUUUUUGUCCUGCUAAGUAUCCUUUUUGCGGGAAUAGGAGGUCAACAGUAUUUCGAUGGGUCGGGAAAUACCCCGAAUUCGCAGCAUGUGGAGGAAUGCAGUUUAACAAAUUGUGAUUCCUACGCAAAAUGUCCGCAUGGAUGGAUGGAACUUUACACGGAGCGAUACACCUGUCCUGGUGGCCGUGAGAAGAAAUAUUGCUGCUCCGCCGGCCGCACGCCGCUCUGCUACCACACCCCCUGCGCCGGCCCUUCUCCCUCUUGUCUCAACGGCUACCGAGAAUGGAGCCGCGGCGCGGCGCAGUGUGGGCGCAGGGACGAGCACACGCUGCACUGCUGCAUAGACGGCCAUCUCCCGCAGUGCUUCAACACCACGUGCUCCCCCGCGGGAGAUGUUUCAAACCAAUGUCCAGGCGGGUAUAGUCAGGUCGCUUAUUGGAAAGGGGCCGGUUGGGAGUGUCCACCCCACUUGGACAUGCGGACUUGUUGUAGAUCUGAGCAAAACCUUCAAAAUCAGAAUCCCUUUACCCAAGGAAACAACCCGUUUCAAAAUAAUCAACCAAAUUAUGAUCGAAAUUACCAAAAUAGUUAUCCAAACCAAAAUAAUAAUUAUAAUCAGCAACAGAACUACCAGGGUGGCUCCGAUUUCCGCUCCGAGUCUUGUCAAUACACUAAUUGCGAAACUUAUUCGCCACGAUGCCCAGGGACGCAUUCGUAUGAAUUAUCAACGGACAAAAGUUAUUGUACACAAGGCCGAGAACGAAAACUUUGCUGUCGUCCCGGCCAACUUCCGCCGUGUUACGAUACUUCCUGCCAGUCUGCCACGAACCUAAGGUGUCCCACUGGUUACCGGGAAUGGAGCCGGGACACGGGCGCCUGUCGAGGAAGCGGGAACGAGCAGAGACUCCACUGCUGCGCGGAUGGCCAACUCCCCACCUGUUACAAUACGACAUGCGCAGAUAAUCCGACCUGUGCGACCGGAUUUUUAGAGGGAAAUAUCCCCUCAUCAGGACAGAACGAGUGUGACUGGCGAAUGUCGCGAAAAACUUGUUGUCGCCAGGGAAACAAUGAUUUCCAAUUUGGCGGAAGAAGAGACGGGCUUUCCACACGGGACCAACAACAAUCUCGCGGAACACCGGAAGGUUGUCUAUUUUCAGACUGUCAACAAUACCCCAGAUGUCCGUUAUCUUACAGAGAAAUGUUUACUGACAGGAAAACUUGUGCAAGCGGUCGGGAGAGGAUGAUGUGCUGUCGACAAGAUCUCCUCCCCGAGUGUAUCGAUACCCUGUGCGAGUCCACCUAUGAGGUCCGGUGUCCCAACGGGUACAGGGAACAGUCUCGGGGUAACCAGGGGUGCAGCAGUAGCCUAGAUACGAAGCUGUAUUGUUGCUCUGACUCCCGCCAACUGGGCCACUGUUACAACACGACUUGCACGAACAGCGGGGAGGCCGAGUGUCGUCGGGGGUAUGUUAUGAUUGCAAGGGGAAAAGGGGUCGAGUGGGGCUGCCCCUGGACGGCUUAUAAAUCGACGUGUUGUGAAACUGCAAGUUGGAAUGGUGGUCGUGGUAAUUUUUACCACAACAUUGGCCAGAUAAUAGUCGUUUCAUUUCUGGUUUCAUUUUUGAGGGCGUAUGUUUCAGUUUAGAACAAAAAUACAAGUUUCCUUAUGUUUUUGGGAACCCGCGUUGUAAGCAGUGGCCAUAAUUCUUCUUCUACAGUGAGUAAGGGGUUCCAAGUUUGUAAAAAAAUCGUUUUUUUCUGCUUUUUUUGUACAUGUACAAGAUACGAAACAAUUGGGAAAAGCGAAAAAACGAUUUUUUUGACAAACUUGGAAGUCCCUAAUAUCUUGUUUAAUGCUUUAUGGAACUUAAUCCUUGUUUUUCUGUUUUUCGUGACUUUCCCUUUAUGGAAAACCUAGGGGAAAUACUAAAUAUAUGUUUAGAAAUAUUGCAUUUAUUUAGUAAGCUUUAUGUUUUAUUAUAACUUUACACGUUGACUUCGUUGAGGACAUGUUCUUCCAUGACCAAGGGAAACAUACAGGGUUAAGACAACUGAUAUAGUAGUAUUUUGCACAUAUUUGUUACUACUUUUGUAGCUUAUGCACACAUAGCUAUACACAGAUUUGUGAACUUGUAAAAUUUUUCAGAGAAAAUAAAUGACAACUAUUACCAAGCUUA